AUGCAGAGAGCAGUGUUCACACAAUCUCUGCGCUCUUUCAAUUGCUUAGCCACCUCCAAUGCUUCGGUCAGAGCAGCUCUCCUUCAAGCCAGCUCAGCAUCUCGACUAUCGUCGCUGAGUUUGACAAGUAUUGGAGGAGCCCAUAUUCUUCGAUUUAAAUCAACGAAAGCUACUACAAAAUCUGCUCAGAAAACUUCGCUUUCAUCUUCUACAAGCACGUCCUCUGCAGUCAACGCAAAGUCUACUGACUCUGCACCUACUGCGUCAAAGGCAGUAGAACACCCCCUUUCCUGGCCCGAAUACCUUACUAUUAGACGACGCAAACGAAGAUUGCAGAAUCUCGCAGCUAUACCUUGCUCCGUAUUGGGACUUAUGGGUGGAGCAGCGUAUUUCGGGAGCUUGGACACGGAUCCGUUGAAACCCAUCUUUGGAAUUGACCCAUUCAUGUUCUACGGAAUUUGUACCGCUGCUUGCAUGGGUACCGGCUAUCUAGUGGGUCCUACCCUCGGCGCCUUCAUAUGGCGUUUCCUUCCCUCCUCAAAACGUUAUGGUAGUUUGAUCGACAAAAAGGAUAAGGAAUUCUAUGAAAGGAUAGCAAAGAAUCGCGUGGACGUGACAUUGCAGAGUCCCACCAGUCCAGUGCCAGAUUAUUACGGCGAAAAGGUCGGUUCCCUGCAUGAAUAUAGGAAGUGGCUCAGAGACCAGAACAAGUACCGGCGAAAAGUGGUUUUCGAUGAGGCUGCGUGA